AAUACGGGCGGCAUUUAGGAAAAUCCCAUCACCCAUCAGCUGUCAAAAUCACUCGCGCUGGCCUUUGUUGUUGCUAAUUUUUGUUAUUCAAUCAUAGCGCCGCUUUAAAAAAAUUAAACAUGUCCACCCGGUGGUACCCAAUUUACCAGCGCGGCAAUCCGCAACUGCGAGUGUUCCUGCCCAACUUCUGGAUGAAGCUUAUCCGGUCGGAACACGAGCAGCCUCCCAAUGUGGUGCAAUUUUCCUGCUCAAUGGAAAUGACCAAGUACGAUGUGAAGAACUACCUGGAACAAAUUUACAACAUUCCAGUGGUGGACGUCCGAACCCGGAUAGCGAUGGGCAAAACUAAGCGAGAUUUGAUUGGGGGCUACAUUUCGAAGCACGAGGACACCAAACUGGCCUACGUUACGCUGCCGAAGGAGACCAAGUUCGAGUUUCCCAACCUGUUUCCAUCCGAGGCCAAGCAAAAGAUGGAAGAUGACAAGAAAUCCCUGGAUGAAGCCAAAAAGAAUCACAAAAAGUACCUGGAGAAGAAUAAGCAUCGACCUGGCACUCCGGGUUGGUUCACGAUUUAGAAUUGGGAUGUUAUUAGUCAAAAAUGAAUAAAAAUCAAAAAAGUUGAUCAA